GUGACUGUGGUGGACACUUCUGACUGGUUCUGUCCUGGACUCUCUCUGGACGAGCUGAGACAGGACGUGGGACUCUGUGUCCGUCUGUCUGCCCCAGGACCCCACGCCUUCCUCCUAGUCAUACCAGUGAAGCAGUCUACAGGAGAGGAGAGAGGCAUGCUGGAGAAAAUGGAGGAGAUUUUUGGAGAGAGAUGUUGGAGGAACACCAUGAUCCUUUUCACUGUUACUGAUGAAGUCCAAGAGAAGAACAUUGAAGAGUUUAUCCAGUCAGGAAACCAGGAGGUCCAGAGACUUGUAGAGAAAUGUAGGAACAGGUUUCACUGUCUCAGCAUUAAGGAGAGUGGAGAUGGUUCUCAAAUCUCAGAGCUGCUGGAGAAGAUAGACAAGAUGGUUGCAGGAAAUGAAGAGGGUUUCUACAGCAGUGAUAUCUACCACGAGAUCAGGGAAAUGGAAAAAAGAAUUAUCAAAGAAAGAGAAGAGAAUAAUAAGAGAGAGAUUAGAAAAUUUAAGGAGAAACAAGAGAAGGAAAUCCAGGAUGCUUUGAAGAGGCUAACAGAACAAAUCCAGGAGCUUGAGAAGAGACUCCAGCAACAUGAGGAACGAAAAACUGAACUUGAGAGUUUACUAAAAGAGGAGAGAAAUGAUGAGACGAAAAGAGAGCUGGAGAUGAAACUGCAGAGAGAGAUUCAGCCGAAAGAGGAGAUUCAACAGCAGUUGAAAGAACUGAAGGAAAAGUGGGACAAAAUGAAAAGUGAGAUAGAGGAGAGACACAGACAGGAGAUGGCAGACAUCAUAGCAAUGUAUGAAGGAAAAGCCAGGAUGGAGGCAGAGAGAAACCUCAUGAAUAUCAUCCUGCCUGAACUCCACCGUACGGUCUGGGUUCUCAUCUCAAAGAUGCAGAAACAAUUCCUGGUGAAGGUGGAGCAAAAGGAUCGAGAGCUGUUGACCCUGAAACAAAGACUGUCUGAGCUCACAGAGACUUACAGACAACUGGAAAUAGAUUAUCAGGCUCUGAGGAGCACAGAAAGCACGGAAGCAGGAAGAGGCGAAGAGAGAGUGAGUGCAGCGGCAGUUGGAGGGGAUGGAGGAGUAGAGGAAACUCAAGAUGAAGUGGAAAGAUUGUCCGAAGCAGGACAAGUUGAUGGAGAUGAGAAAGGAAGUGAAGAAGAGAGGAGAGGGGACAAAGACAGAGGUGAGGCUGAGAAGACAGAGGCUGGUGAAGAAGAGGAGAACAGACCUGAUGGCCAGGAGGAAUCCAGAGGGCGGAUACGUCGAAUCUUCUGCUGUUGUUUUCCUCCAGUGUAUGAACCUGUAGAGAUGCAGCAAAUGUAAAAAUGAACUAAAGGGUAACACUUUACAUUAAAGGUACAGGACCUGCCAGUAAUAAGGCAUUUACUAAUGAAUAAUUAAUCAGAAAGUAAUGUGUCAUUAAUCAGGAACAAGUUCAUAUGUCAUAUAUUAACAACCUUAAGAUUUAAUUACUCAGCAUUAACUAAUACAUGUAUUAGUGAAUUGAGAAAGGCUUUCUUCAAAAUCAGGAAUUCAUGUGUUAAUUGAGCAUGCAAACAGCAGGCUAGUACACAUUGGCCUACUGCUUGAAGCUCUGUUAGUUUCAUCCUGUUCAUGCAAUUUAUAUGAUGACCUAUGCUGUACUGCGAUGUCAUACUGUUGCAACAUAAACAUAAACUCUUGUGUUUAAUUAGUUUAUUUGUUGAAAAUAGCUAAUUUGUUUGAAUUAAAACUGUGAAUUAUCUUAA